UGUCACAUGACUGCGCUAGUUUGAACCAUAGGUUUGAACAUGGCAGACAGAGAGGAGCAGCGGAGUCUCUUAGAUGGAGAUGAUGAAGAUGAAGAAGAAGAUGAGGGGUCUCGGCACCUGAGCCCGCUGUGUGACCCGAGGCACCUGCUCCACCGGAUCCUGGUGCUGGUCUUCAUGUGCUUUCUGGGCUUCGGGAGUUAUUUCUGUUAUGAUAACCCAGCUGCGCUUCAGACUCAAGUCAUACAGGAUAUGAGUCUGAACACGGCCUCCUUCAUGCAGCUGUACGCCUGGUACUCGUGGCCUAACGUGUUCCUCUGCUUCCUGGGAGGCUUUCUGUUGGACCGGGUCUUCGGCAUCAGGCUGGGGACUGUCAUCUUUGCUCUGUUUGUGUUAAUAGGGCAGAUCAUAUUUGCGGCCGGUGCUCUGGCCAAUCACUUCUGGCUGAUGAACGUGGGUCGGUUUGUGUUUGGCAUCGGUGGAGAGUCUCUGGCUGUGGCGCAGAACACGUAUGCCGUCAACUGGUUUAAAGGGAAAGAGCUCAACCUGGUGUUCGGCCUGCAGCUCAGCAUGGCCAGACUGGGCAGCACGGUGAACAUGAACGUGAUCGGUUGGGUGUACGGCCGUAUUCAGUCUCUGACGGGAUCAGCGGGACACUCCACUCUCGGGAUCACACUCAUGAUCGCGGCGUCCACGUGUCUGUUCUCGCUCACAUGCGCUCUGGUGCUGGGGUUCCUGGACAGACGGGCAGAGAAGAUCCUCAAGAAGGAGCAGGGCCGAACCGGGGAAGUCAUCAAGCUGACUGACGUCAAGGACUUUCCCUUCUCUCUCUGGCUCAUCUUCAUCAUCUGUGUGGCGUAUUACGUGGCCAUCUUCCCCUUUAUUGGACUGGGCCAAGUUUUCUUCAUCGAGAAGUUCAGCUUCACUACUGUCCAGGCCAGAGCCAUCAACAGUAUCGUGUACAUCAUCUCGGCGCCGGCGUCUCCUCUGCUGGGGUUUCUGGUGGACCGGACCGGGCGUAACGUGCUCUGGGUUAUGCUGGCCGUCGUCACCACACUCCUCUCACACAUGAUGCUGGCCUUCACCUUCUGGAACCCCUGGAUCGCCAUGUGUCUCCUAGGCCUGUCGUACUCUCUGCUGGCCUGUGCGCUGUGGCCCAUGGUGGCGUUUGUGGUGCCGGAGCAUCAGCUGGGAACGGCGUACGGAUUCAUGCAGUCCAUCCAGAACCUGGGUCUGGCCGUCAUGUCGAUGGCUGCGGGAAGCAUCCUGGACAACAAGGGUUACCUCUUCCUCGAGGUCUUCUUCAUCGCCUGCCUGUGCAUGGCUCUGCUCGCUGUGGUGUUGCUGUAUCUGUACGAUUAUCACACAGAGGGCGAGCUGAACCUGUCAGCCUCGACACGAGCCGAGCGACUCAAAUCUGAGUGACGGCUCUUCUGCACUGCGUCCUUCACUGAACACUUUCCCACAUCACCCACAAUCCUCUAGAUGAGCACCGGACAGAUGGACACCACACACACACACACACACACACACACACACACACAGAAAGCACUUUACACGAUCCUGUGACAUUAUUCUCAGCAGUUUUAAAAAACAAAUCUGUAAUGCCAAAAAACUUUUAUAAUAUGGCAUUUUAAUAAUACUUUAUGAUAUUGCUGCCAUGUAAUUACCCUGUAGGGCCUAUACUUUUAACUCAUGAUUUUAAUCAACAAACUGUGCCAGGGUAGGAUGAUUUUAAGCACUGUGUUAUUGUAGUAAUCUGUUAAUUGUAAUGGAAAUAAUGUCACAAGG